AUGGGGCGUACUGUUAUCAUUGUCGUCGCAAUUAUCAUCUUAAUUAUCAUUGGAAGUGGAGUGAUUUUCAGCGGAUUUAGUGCCGUGGAAUAUUAUGAGUAUGGCUUUAAACGACAAAAAUCAACCGGUAAAGUGGAUAAAACGGAUAUCUACAAUUCUAUUCUCUACUAUGGUGGACCUGACAUGGAAUUCAAAACAUUUCAGGCAGAUGCGCAUCACGUAACAUUAAAAAAUGCCAAAAUAUUUACAGCGGAUAAACUUGAGGUCAGAAUAACAGCUUAUUUACAAUAUUUCCUCCGAAAAGAUGAGCUAGUUUUGCUGCAUGACAAAUUUGACUUGGAUUACCAAAGUGUCAUGGAGACCAGUGCUUUAGACGCCUUAAAGGGUUCAACAACACUGUAUACCACAAGAGAGCUUGUCACCAACAGAAAGCUGAUGGAACAGACAAUCUACAAGGCUGUCAGAGAACGCUUAGGGGGCACCUGUUGCAGGCCGGACUGUACCUCUUAUGCCUUUGCUUGUCCAGAAAAUUGUAAACCAUAUACUGAAUGCACUGCUAAAGAAAAGGGACUCUUUGUCGAUGUAAAAUAUUUCCAACUUGGACAAGUGACAAUACCAGAUAGUGUGCAAGAACGCUUUAUGAAAGCUCUUACGUUACAAGAGCAGUCGGAGCGCGAAGAACUUUUACAAGAGGCCAAAGUAAUCCGUAAAAGCACUACAGCAAUGGUUAAACAAAUCAAGAACAAGGCUGCAGAAAUUCUGAAUAAUGGUACAAUGGUUGCAAAUUUAAUAUCGACCGUGGCAAGAUCCAAUUACUCGACUGCCCUGGAGAUGGCACGUGUUCAGGGACUUAGAUAUACCUUCAAUGAAUUGGGAUUGUCACAGCAAGAACAAAAGAACAGUUUUAACUAUCUACGAACUUUGCGGGAACACCCAAAAGCUCGCUUUACUGUCGACUUUCAACAAAGAAUUGCAGGAAAUCUUUAGCAAUUUAAGAAAAGC